AUGGCCACCCAACACAUCGAGGCCCUCGCAGCCAUAUUGCAUCACAUCCUUGCCAACUACUUUCCCGAAGAGCAAAGCUUUCAAAUUCCCGCGACGCCGAUCACACCCACUUCCCCAUCCGCCGAAGACUGCGAAGCUCCCAUCUUCUACCAGGUACUCACGGCCUCUAAUACUAAAGGGGUGGCUUUCUUCCCGAUCCUGAUUGCCGCACCCAUUGCCUGGCCCCAAGCAGCAACGCCAGAUUUCCAAAAGACCUUGCAAACCCGCUGCGUCGAGAUCCUCCGCUGCCACUGGGCGCGCCACACCCCCGGGGACUCCCGCCCUCCAGCCGUUGGAGCGGUGGUGGUCGGCGACGAGCUGCGACUUUGCUGGGACCUUUCGGUGCCCGGGACGCCGGGGCUGAAGCGGAUGAUGGAGAGUGUGAUGGGACGGAAGCUGGAUGGGCAUAGCAGAACCAUGCAUGCCCACUCACGGGAUUGGGCAUUCGUCGGGGCCGUGUUGAAGGAAGUCAAAGAUUUCCUCAAGCCGUGGAUAUCUAGUGGAAAAGUGGAUGACCGUGUAGAGAACGGAGACGAAGAGGAGAUCACGGCCGAGUUGGCCGACGCUUACUUGAAGGCUCUCGAGGCCGGGAUGCUACCGCCGAUGUAG